CGGCUCACCGAGAACUUCAGUCCACCGAUGCCCGGACACGCGCGCACAACAUGAUCGAUUUUUGUUGCCAAAUACAAUUAAAGUCGAAGAUAAACUUGACCCAUUCUCCGAUUAUCCAACAUCGCUAACGUCGUCAAGCUUAAAAAAAGUGCCGUGAUAGCCGUGUCCUGCCACGGAAAUCUGCCUACUCUAAUCAAUGGUGGUGUUCGCUUGUCUCAAUUUGAUCAAUUCAAGGUAGCAUUUGUCAGUAGCACGCAAGCAGCUGAAACGCUUCCAGAUAACUACUAUUGGGAUUUCGCAGGGUGGCUUGAAUGAUUGCUUCUGAGUAGUCAACCGUACUGCAAGGUGUGCCGGGAGAUCUCAAAUGGUUGGUGGAGGAGUCUAGCGUCAUCAAUAGCCUCACAAGGCGUUCCUGCACUGGCGUUUUGCUGACAGGGGUCAUACCGCUCCCAUUUGGAACUACGGCGCUACGGGCUCAAUGGUUUAGUUUAUUUUCGGUAGCCGAUAGAGCGAUGGGAUGUGCUAUAUAUACCCUUCUGUUUGCUCGCGAUCUCGCGAUAGCUUCAUUCUUCAUAGGCCGGGAACAUUCUCAAAAAAUAACUUAGCUGUCCCUUCAACGCAGCUGUCAAAAUGACCAAAAACCAGAUCUUAUUCUCGGUCGAUAACCAAACACCGUUCACCCUAGUCCCAAACCCAACAACAUUCAGUGACUGGGGCGACUUUGCCGCAGGCCCAACAUCAGUCAAACCUUUCCAGAAAGGAGACGGCGGCCAUGUAAUGUCUUCGCAAUCACCGUUCGUCGGCUCCGCAGGAAUAGUCGGAUAUUCAUUUACCAGCAAGAAUGGCGCCACUGUUUACAUUCGUCUUCUUGCGAGUAACCCGUACCUGAGCGUUCGCGACAACUGGGCAUGCGUCUCGUUUGCUUCCUUCGACCAGGGUAUCAACCAGGAUGCUUAUAAUCACCAUUAUUAUAAUGAACCCCGUCACGCCAGCAUGGAAUUCGAAGGGAGGACCCUUAAACUUACUUCAAAUAUUGGCCAUGCAGAUUGUGCAACUGCGACGUUCGUUUUGACUUACUUGGUCCCGGAUGUAUACCAGUCGUCGUUCGUCAACCAAGGCUAACAGGCGGCCUGUCACAGAGUCUAAAACUCAGCCUAAGAAGCCUCUACAGAACACACGGAAAGGGAUGCCAGAAG